GCAUCAUUUCGUACCAGAGUAUCGCAUAAGCCCCAGCAUGUUGUGUAGAGCGAAAUUAUUAAGAGGAGUCGCUCGCACUGUGUCAAAAAGUGUUAUUUCAAGAAAAUGAGUGAAACCAAAGCCAAGGAAUAAAUUGUAUGAGUGCUACAUAAUUAAAUUUCAAGUGUGAGGUGUCGUUAUGUGAGUGCAGGCUUUUUCGGGUGGUUUUCGUGUUUUUUCCAAGUUUACCAAAUCGGUCGUUAGUGCUCCUUCCUGAUCCGCGAUGAAGUUGAAACGGCUGUGUUUUUUUGUGAAAUAGUGUUUGUGCGUCCAAAAACAAAUAUUUCUCAAUGUGGUGUUUAGGGCAAAAUGGUCAGAGAGACUAGGCAUUUGUGGGUAGGAAAUUUGCCCGACAACAUACGAGAAGACCGAAUACGAGAGCACUUCAAACGGGUUCAGUACCGUAUGGUACAAAAGGAACCCUCAGGAUGCCGAUAUGGACGUGUACAGAGUGUCAAGUUGCUGCCUAGAAGUACGAAGGAGGAGACGGGCGAGGGCACGAUGGCGUGCACGGUGGCGUUCAUGGACAUCAAGAGCGCGUCCAAGGCUCACAACACCGAACACAAGGUGGACGAUAGGACUCUGACGACGGAGUACUACGAACCAGCCGCCAUUCCGUCCUCUGCCUCACCGCAGACAACGACCUCCCCUUAUUCUACCUCUCCCGGUAGCACUAGGUUUCCAAACGGGCACAGUUCAUCCGACGAGCACGGGCCCUUCAGCGAGCGCUUCUACGAGCGCAGCAACAACAGCCGAGUAGCCGAUGGCGAGUUCAUCCGCCGCACCGGCUACCAUGACACGAACCGCAGCCGCAACAGGGACCGGGGUUUUCGGAACGGCCCCUACAACGUCAUCAUAGACCGUGGAUCUCACAGGACGCUUAACAAUUCCUGGAGCUACGAGAGUGGCGGCGGCAGUGGGGGUGGCGCGGGAGCGGGUGGACGUUACAAUAGUCAAAAUGAAACAGGGUACGCGACGACGGCGGCGGCGGCGACCGCGGCGACGGGCGUCGAGGCGGGCGGCGUCGGGAGCGAGAGACGGGGCACCUCGGACCAAAGUACAAAGAAAAAAACCAAGUCCAGAUCGGGCAGCAGGUCGCCGUCGCCAUCUGGAAGCACGUCUAGCAGAUCACCGUCUAGGUCGCGGUCUAGGAGCAGUAGUAGCUCGUCGAGUUCUUCUACCUCUAGAACUAGCUCGACCAGUACCCCUAAAUCGAGAAGAACAGCCGCCAACAGCCACUUAGCUCACUCUGACGAUAGGAGACCAUUAGCUAUCUGUGUUAGGAACCUACCCCUUAGAUCCUCCGAUACGUCGUUGAAAGACGGUCUCUACCACGAGUACAAGAAGCACGGCAAAGUGACGUCCGUGAAAGUGGUCGGUCAAAAUUCGGAAAGGCACGCCAUCGUGUGCUUCAAGAAGCCGGAGGACGUGGAGAAGGCUCUGGAGGUCAGCUACGACAAACUGUUCUUCGGAUGCAAAAUCGACGUGGCCUCUUACCAGGGCUUCGAUGUCGAAGACAACGACCUGAGGCCGUACGAGGCCGAGAUAGACGAGUUUCACCCAAAGGCCACGCGCACCCUCUUCAUAGGGAACCUUGAAAAGGACACGACAGCCUCGGACCUCAGGAAACACUUCGACCAAUUCGGGGAGAUUAUCGAGAUCGACAUCAAGAACCAGGGUAAUGUGAGUCUGUACGCGUUCUGUCAAUACUCGGACAUAGUGAGUGUUGUGAAAGCCAUCAGGAAAAUGGACGGAGAACAUUUAGGGAACAACCGUAUCAAAUUGGGCUUUGGCAAGUCGAUGCCGACGAACGUGGUGUGGGUGGAUGGGAUCGUGGAGAACGUGAACGAGAAGUACCUGAGAAUGCAGUUCGAUCCAUUCGGGCCCAUCAGCAAGGUGAGCAUCGACAGGGAUAGGGGCCAGGCGCUCAUCUUCUACGAGCAAAUGGUCGGUGCCCAGUCGGCGGUCAGCAAGAUGCGUGGUUACAGCCUGAAGGGCAACAAGAUCCAAGUCGAUUUCGCCAGCAGGGAGUGUCAGCAGUCCUUCUACGAGCACCUGGAGAAACAGGCGCCUCCCGUUGUCGACAGGGGUGAGGAGAGAAGGGAUUCCGCCUCCAGAAGUUUCGAUUCUUCCAGAUUCGCCAGGUACGACACUCCGACAAGGCCCAGGACCUCCUCCUACAGCAGUCGUUCAAGCAUCGCAGCUAGUCAAGUAGCCUCGGCUAUACCUUCGCCAGGUACUCCAGGAAACGUGACUCCAAGAGCCACCACCACUACAAAAUCGCGUAUCGGCCGAUUCAACGACUACUACGAAGGUGGCGAAGUAAACGACCGCCAUUUUCGCAGUUACGAUGAAUACAGCCAGGGUUCGGCUGCGUCCCAAGACGAUCCCUACGAUCCGGACUACAGCUACAACAACCACGAGAGCCCCAUGCACGUUGACGUAAUCGAGAGCAGAUCUGCUGUCACCGCCACUUCCGUAGACCACGGAACCGUACCUUAUGCGCCGCCAGACAUAAGGAACCUGCAGAAAGAACGAGUCCACCUGCUCGAGCAACUGGAGGAUUGUCCAAGUUCCGGUGAUGAACACAUAGUAUCGAAGAAACGGCUGAAAUUGGAGCUGUUGGACAACGCCAUAGGAACAGACGUCAUCAUAGAGGCUAACAGGGAUCACAGGAAGGUAAUGGAGGUCAGGAGGUUAUCAGACGUCAGUCUGAAGCAUCAUUCCAGGCGACCUUCGGCCGACAGCAAGCACUCGAGGGAUUUAGUCCACGACCGGAACACGUACAUUCCUCAUGGCAUUUGCAAGAGGAGGAAGACGGGCGGCAGUGACAGCGGUUCCAGAAGCCACCAUUACGAUCAUUCAGGAUCAGAAAGUGUUGGCGGUUCUAGACCCGGCACGCCACUCUGCGACGAGAGACCGGAGAACUUUCAACCCAGUGAACCACGAAGAGUACCAAGGGAGAGAAACGGCCCCUUAACCCUUCCUCUCCCCAGAUUUGCGUCCCAGGUGCCGGGAAGGGGCAGCGUGUCCGUCGCUGGUAUUAAAGGCCAAAAAGACAUCGUCAUAUCCAGCCCGCCGGCCGCAGUAACCAGUCCGAGAAUAUCGAACCCAAAACCGACGAGUCCGGUCCACGUGCCGCCUCCUGCGUCGCCGCCUCCAAGGCCGCCGAGCCUGAGUUCCAACUCGAGCGACAGCGAGAAUCCACCGAGCCCUUCUCUGGACGAGAGGAUCAAGUCUCUGGACGAGAAGUACGAGAAAUGGUCAGGCAGCAGGGCGUUGAGCGCUGCCGGCGGUGACGCCUUGGCCAAGCUCGAUGCUACCAGAGAAAAGUUCCGACUGAGGCACAAACUGUUGGAUUUCGAUCUGAAAGAAGUCCAACCUUCGGAAAUUGUCAAAUCUGUGAUGGCCAAACGUUCAGUUUUCGACGAAGACCUGAAACGGUUGGAGAACGUAGGCGAGAAAUAUGAACCAAAGGACUUCACGCUGUUUCCCAGAGCUGCAUCGAUUAUACAAGGCUCCUCCGUGGUUGUACCCUCGACUAUAGCUUCUACUAUCAAAAUAACCUCCCCCAGCUUACAAAUGAGCUCCCCCAGAUCUUCAGGGAGCAACAUGAUUCCGGCAAAAGGUUUGCAAUAUCCCUUCCCGAGUCAUCCACCGAUCCAGCCGGCUACACCCACCCCUCUACAACAAACGCCACCAGCUACACCAUCAUCAAUUGCUUCACCCACCCCGCAAAUUCAAACAGCAAGUACAACAACCAGAAGCACAAACCACGGUGACAAUAGACUAAAAUCGUGCGCGAGUGUUUCUAGUGAUAAUAGAUUAUCUAGCAAAGUGAAUGUAAAUAGAAGUGUGGUACUUAACAAUUCUGCACCAAUAAAACCAAGUGAAAAGAACUCAGGUAACAUUUCUAGUGAUCCAAGUGCAAACGCGUCCGUCACUAGUUCGAACGUCGAAAACAAAAUCUCUAGAACAAUCAAACAGAGUGAUAAAAUAACGAGUAGAAGGGAUUCUAACAACGGUUCGCCGCGUGGUGAAAUCAAAUCGCGAAGAAACAGUGAUGUCGGUUUACGAAGAACAGAAGACAUAGAUAAAUUUAGUGAUAUUAGUGCAGAAAACGAUCGAAAGACUGAACGCGGUAAAAGUGAAGAACGGAAAAAAGAACAACAACAAAAAGAAAAACAGCGACUUGAAAACGAAAUGUUAGAACGUGAACGAUUAGAAAAGGAACAGCAAGAAAAGGAGCGGUUAGAGAAAGAACGGUUAGAAAGAGAAAAACAAGAACGAGAAAAGGAGCUGGAAAAGGAAAGACUAGAGAAAGAGAAACAAGAAAAGGAACGGACAGAACGUGAACGAUUACAAAUGGAACACCUUGAACAAGAAAGAAUGAAACGAGAAGAACAAGAACGAUUACGACGCGAGAAAGAAGAAGCGGAAAAAGAGAGGGCAUUAAUAGAAGAGCGUCAGCGUAAAGAGAAGGAAGAAGCGGAGAAGAAAGAGCGGGAGCAAAAAGAGAAGAUCGCAGAAGAAGAGCGGCAAGCGAAGAGAGAACGUCAGGCCAGAAAAGAACGGCACGAGGCUGAAAAACACGAGAAAGAGAGGCGCAGAGAGGAAGAAAAGAAAAAUAAAGACGACAAUCAUGAAAAGAGAAAAGAUGACUACAAACAUCGAGAAAAUCACGGUGAAACCAAGCAUAAAGACAACAACGUUAACGCGGAUAAAUUGAUCUCCAACAAUGAAAGUAAAUACAACAAACAAGGCAGCAAAGAAGAAAAAGAUCGUGCCUCGCACGACGUUUUUCGAAAGAAUGACUCUCAUUCGGACAGAUACAACAAGCAUUCCGACAAGGACUCCGAUUAUAGGAGGAAAGAAAGCAUAAAAGAAAAUAGGGAUAACAACGCCCACGAAAAAUCGAAAGAAGCUUCGGAAGUUCGGCACAUCUCCAUGGAUACGGACAAGCCUAAAUCCGAUCAGAAUAAAACGAGGGACAACAGCACACCCGCGAACGUCGGAAUAAAAAGACGAUUGAGUUCCCAAGAUCAUUUCGAGCACAUGAGCGAGGCGAAAAAACCAAAGCUACACUCAGAUCAUAAGAAGAUAUCCGACAGAAGAGAUUCCAAAGAUAGUACCAGAUCCGACGAAAAGCUCAAACCUAAAUUGAAAAAUUCCAGAUCGCUCGAAGAAAAACCAUAUUCAUCAGAGAAAACCAGCUUCAUCAGGGAGUCCGAGGAGAAGAGGAAAGAAAAAGAUAAAGAUAGGGAUGAGAAGCACCGAAAUAAGCAAAAAUUCGAAAAGCAGAAAUCGAAAAGUAAAAGUAGGGAGAAAGAUCUCAGGGAAUCUCCCACUGCUCCCACAUCUAAAGAAUUAACGGAUAAAGAUUUCUUAGCUAGAUUAGAAUUGCGAUCAACUGAUGACGUGGAGACACAAAAAGAGAAAAGGCCAGAAACCAAAGAAAAACGAAGGUACGACUUGACGGACACUGAUACAGAGAAAAGGGAGAAGGACGAUAAAAGAAACGAAGGAAAAAGAAGGGAUAAAACGGGCGAGAAAAAUAGAUCGAGAGAUGAUCAAUGUAACAGAAGUUUCGAAGAUAAGAAUAAAUCGCAGAAAAAAGACAGAAUUCGAAAACCGACACUCAAUAGUUCAGAUAAUACUGAUUCAGACGAACCAAGAAAACACUCCAUUUUUGAUAUCGUGGACGAUGAACCUGCUUAUAUUUCAAUGUACGAUAAAGUCAAGGCUAGAAGUUGCAAAAAUAUGCAGAAGCAGGAGGAGGAGAAACGGCAGGAAAAGAUCAAAGCCAAGUUCAGUCAGUUGAAGCAAAGUCGAGCCAAAAGAGAAGAGAAAAAACGGUCAACUUCUUGGGAUGAAGACUCUGACUCAGAUAGAGAAAGAAAUGACAAAAGCGAUUCCAAGAGCAGGAGACAUAAAAUGCUUAUUGUUAGUUCUGACGAAGACUUCUCCGAUUUCGGAAAAUCGCAUAAGAAGAGGGGAGUCUUUACAGACUCCGACUCAGAUCGUACUAAACAGCAUAAGAACGAACUAACUGAAGCAAGUGACGAUGACAUGAUCGAGCGUAAAUCUUCAAAAUCAUCGAGAUGUGUCAAUGAGACCUCUGACGAUGACUACAAAAAUUCGAUCAAAUCUGACCUGUUCUCCAUGUCGAAAAUGGAAAUUUCCUCAUAUUUGGAUUUGAAUCUAUUCAAGGUCAAAGAUGAAUUCCGAAAUUCGGUUGAAAAAGAAAGAAAAACCGACAAACAAGAUAAUUCAUUCGAUAAAAACGAUACUGAGAUUGGGGAUUCCAAACCUCCCUUAUCAGAAAUCAAAACUGAAAAAAUGAAUAACCGUCAUUCCUACCCAGACCAUUCUUCUGCAGAUGAAAGCACAGAAUUCAAAAAGGAAAAACUGAAGAAACACAAAAAGAAACAAAAGAGACUCAAACAUUCCUUGAGCAGUGAAGAUUCCAAUAAAUUCGAUCUAACUGAUUCCCCGCAGAAUGAUUCUUCCGAAAAAACCAAACACCACGAUAAAAAGAAGCAACAUAGUAAGAAAGAUAAGAAGCGCGAUAAGAGCAAAGAAAGAGACAAGUCCAAGAAGUCGAAGAGGAGUAAGUCUGCAUCCAAAAAUGAUUUCAAACAUGAUGGCAAAAUGGAGAAUAUAUUCGGAUCUUUAUCUGAUUCUUCAGAGAAUGGAAUGAGGGAAAAUGAAAUAUCCGACACCAAAAUGAAUAAUUCUUUCAUGAAGGAAUUCAAUAACGAAAAUAUUCCAAAUAGAUACUCAGAUUCGGAGGGAGAAAAAGAAAAAAGUGCUAAAAUAGACGAGAACGACCCUAAAGAAGACCAAAAAGUAAAGAAAAGAAAAGAGAGGAAAAGAAAAGAAAAAGAACGUCUUUUACAAGAAGCGGCAGCGGCUGCAGCAUUGGCUGAGGCAGCAGUUCACUUCAAUGAAAACAGUAUGGACUUCGCAGAUAUGGGUAAACAAUUGGAGGCAAACAUCAAAGAUGAACCGGUGAAUCAAAACGAAAAUUCUGUGGAGAAGAACGAUGUAACCGAUCAAAAGGAAGAUCUCUUCAAAUACUAUGAUAACACCCUCUAUCAAGAUUUCAAGAAAGAAGAGAAGAAAGAAGGACGAGAGAAGAAAAAGAAACGCAAGAAAAGCAAAGAAGAGAGGCAAAAGCAUCAUCACCACCACCACCACCAUCAUCAUGAAAAGAACAAAGUCAAGAGCGAAAACAAGAAGGAGACCAUCAUUUCAUCUAAAGAAGAACCGUGUACACCAACUAUACACGAAUCGAAAACACAAAGCCAGAGUUUACCUAAUCUUCUUGACAUUCCAAGUCCACCACAGGAAAAACCUUCACUAAGAGUUGAAAUAGCUUGUCCAGUCAAAAUAGAACCUGUUGAUGUUCCAACCACUCAACAACAAACUUCUUCGGUUCCACAACAACCUCAAGUGCAAGCGCAAACAUCGCCCAUUUCAUCCAAAGAAAAGAAACGGGAUAAAUUUAUACCAGGUUUUGGUCCUGGCAUCGACGAAACAAUUCACGAGAAUGCUGUGAAGUCUAUAUCCGAUCUCGAUGCCAUCAAACCGCCCGAGUGUCCUAAAAUCGAAGACGUCAAACUGGAAAAAGUUGAAGAACCGCCAGAGGAGAAACCAAGGGCCGUCAUCUCCCAAGAAGAGACAGAGGACGCUGUUGCAGCUCUUCUUGGCGAAAGUUUCUCUAGUGAAUUUGGAAAGCAUUAUUCCGAGGAUGAUCUGAGCAAUACCAAUGAUGAUCCAACUACCGCUUUGGUAGAAGAACCUACCGUACAGGAUGAUGAAGAGAUGCGACAAGCUGUACAAAGUCUGGGUGCACCAGAUAUCGAAAUCAAACCAGAGACUCCGCAAAGUGAACAUGAAUUACAGAUUGACACUGAUACGGAAGAACAGGAUGAAAUCAGUAUAAGGUUCGAUCAGCAGCCGAAAACGCCUGAUAUGUCUGAAUUGUUACAGCCACCAAAAACUCCUGAUAUUCCCACAUAUUACAGGCCGGAAGAAUCCAAACUAACGCCUUCACCUUUGGUUAUCAAGGCAACCCCGGCUAAUAUUGGUAGUCCUCCAUCACUCGCACCAAUAACUCAGCAACCCCCAAUAAUAACUAAUGCUAAAAGGAAUUUGGAUAAAGUUGAGGUUCCUAGUAAGAUUCCUCCUCUGCCUCUUCCACCUUUAAUUGAACCGUCAAGAACAGUUAUACAUCCAUGGUCUUCAAAAGCAGAUGAGAUUGUUUCCAAAGUGGAGUCUAAAAUGACGGUGGUUACAAAAGUCACUUCUCCACAAGUACAAAGUAAUUUGGUUUCAACACCAACAACAGUCAUCACCAACUCGGCUUUGAGAACGUCAGUGGUGAAAAUUUCCGAACCAUCGUAUCCACCUCUUACAGCAAUAUCAAAACCAGAGACAACAACAACUAAGGCUGACGUACCUUUAACUGCUAUACCAAUAUUACAAGUCGCAUCACCUGCUCUUCACAAUCUUCCAGCAAGAUCUCCUUUACAGCAAGCUUCUCCAUCUAAUUCAUCCCAAGAUUUAUCUACUUCGAGAGCCGCCACGUCUAUUUCAAAGAUUCGUCUUCCACUCACCUCGGUCAUGGUGUCAAAACCAUUACAACCUACUACAAUGAACUUACCACAACCUAAAGUGGCUUACUCUUCAGAACCACCAAAAUUGAUACCAGUUCAGGAAGCUCGACAAAGAAUGCUAUUCCAAAACACUGGGAUGCCUAAAUCUUUUCCUUUCAAUCCGAACCAGAAAAUGUUGGUGCAAACGAAUAUACCAGUGGCACGGGGAUUGCUUGUUCCUGCUAGACCUGGGCAUUUCAACUAUAUUCCUUCUCAAGUUGCUUUCAACGCUAAUAUCGGAGAUAAAGCGAGUGAAACCUCUAAACCUUCAACAGCACAGGUCCCUAUCACUGUGGGACAGGGUUCUCCAACCAAAAUAAUUCAAGUGAAACCACAAUCCAUAAUUAUUUCACCCAAUUCUCAUAUUUCGCCAGUUAUAAACAAUCAAAAGAUAAUCAAGUCUCUGCCUGAUAAUCCGCCAAGCUUGGUCGCUUUAUCUGCUGCUCCAGAAACGUCUAGUGCAAUUCUCUCCUCUACUAAUCAAACUAAUGUGAUCGCUACCAAUACCAUCGUGGACAAGAACCUUCCAGAAAUUAAAAAAGAACCAGAAGAAGAAGUUCAACCUGAAACACCUAGAGUUGAAGAAACAACACCAGUGAGCGAACUUGAGGAUGAGAAGGCACCACUUCAGAAACUCGAGGCCAUAUCGGAUAUCAAAUCAUCCGAUGAUGUUGAACGAGUUCCGGAACAAAAAGAAGAAAAACUAGAGGUGAAAGUGGAAUAUGAGGAACCAAAACAAAAACUUGCUAUUGAAACAGUUACUGAUGAAUUAAAUCAAACCCUCACAGAAGCUAUGGUUUCCGAUCUUAGGAAGGUAGAAGUGGCAGAAGCCAAAGUGGAGGAAACUGUAGUGGAAAAAGUAGAGGCAAAACCAGAUGUAACGGUUGAGAACAAAGAGGAAAUAAAACCAAAAGUUGAACGUGAAUCGCCUACUAUUAAAGAACCAGAGAAGGUCGAGGAAGAAAAAACAGAUUCGGAAAGUAUUGUAUCAGAUAUUAGCAAAGAUUGUUCAAGUGCUGAUAUGCCAAUUAAGGAUCUGCUGUUGGAUGGAAGGGAAGACAAAGAAGAUAGUGAUUAUUGGUCACCUAAAGACGUUAACAUUGAUUCUGUUAUCAAAACCUUAUGUUCUGCUGAUGAAUUAUCCAACCACAGCAAUGAUAACGUAUCCAGCAAAGAAGAAGAAGACCAACCCAAAGAAGAAGAGAACCCCGCUACACCCCAGAAAGAACCAGUUGAAACGGAAGUCAAAGAAGAAGAAACAGUUGACACUAAGGAACCCGAUCCUAAGAGUGACACAGAAACCAUGGAAGAUUCGGUAGAAGAUGAGGACAAAGAAGUUGUCUCAAGAAUAGCAACAAGGCGCGGUGGGAGAGGUAGAGGUCGUAAAGGUAGAGGAGGUAUUGAACGACCCGGAAUUCAAACUAGGCGUGCUAAGGUUCAGUCUAAAGAACCCGUUACUCCAACGAAACGUAACACUAACCCUCGUGGAGGUAGAGCGAAGGUGGAAAGAAAAAUAUCGAAGGCUGAAUCUGAAUCUCCCGCAGACAUUUACGAGUUCAGAGAAGACGAGGAGAACCGUCCAAGACUCAUAUUGACAAUUAAACAGUCGAAUACUAACUCCGCAGCAGUACAAUCAGCUGUUGUCAAAGAAGUACCGAAGGAAAUUCCACCAGUUCAUUCCCCUCAGAAAUCAGUGGAAGUUAAAGAAAAGGCUGAAGACUUCAAUCAACCCUCCGGUAGCACCAAUACCAGAAAAUCGAAAAGACUGCAAGAGAAAGAUAUUUUCAGAACAACGGUGGAUGAUACAAUUGAAGACGUUGUGAAGAAUGUUGUGACACGUUCCUCUUCUCUUGUAACUAGGAGAUCGACUAGACAACCUGUUCCGGUGGUGAAAGCAGUACCAGAGACUCCAAGAAAAUCAACAAGGAGCCGUAGGAUUGGUCGUAGGGCUUCCGAAGCUACCGAGGAAACCACCGAAGAGAAAGAGAAAAACAAAUCUACCGAUGAAGUGGUUCCAAAUACAUUGGUAGAAACGCCCAAAGUAGAGGUUGAAAAGCCUAAAGAUGUAACAACACCUCAGGUUAAUGCAACUGUGGCAGAGAAAGAGGAAAAUAAACAACCACAAGUUCCUGUGAAAGAAAGUACUACGGAAAGACCACCAAUUGGUUUGAAGGCUGCUGUUUUGAGGCGAAUCAAAGGGGAAAUGGGGCAGGAGCCAAUGACCUUAAUAGACCCGGUUACUGGUUUGUUAACCCCGAUGAGAGAGUGUGAAGAAAAUAAGUACAUACCUGUUCCUGGUGAAAACAAACCUGGCUCUAACACAACAACCAGCCAACCAAGUGCUGUCGUAACAUCGACAGAAGUGAAGCCAAUACAGCCUACAGUGAUAACGUCGUCUCAACAACCAGCACCCUUACCAGCAAUCAAACAACAGUCGAAACCGCAAAGUCUUAAAGCUCACGUUUUGUCCUCUCAAGCAGCUCAAGCUGUGGUCACACAGCAAAUACCAUCUUCUCAAAAACAAAACGCAGUGAUCGUUAGUUCUGCACCAGCUGCCUUGAGUGUAGAAAACAAGAUUAUAACGCAACCUAGCCAAAAUCUCAGUGUCAACGUCUCUAUGCCCAACUUCGUACCAGCGCAUGUCUCUCCUAGAACAAACUUAACCGCAGCGUCUAGCUCUCCUAAGCCUGUCACGGUUAAACAACCCGUUAGUUCUCCGAGUCAGAUGUACAAUAUCAUAUCUCAACAGAUGAUGCAAAUGAACAAAUCUUCUCCUCCGACCGUUAUUCCGAAAGGAAUUGUUUCUAACACGCCGAUAAUGAACCAACAGUCUAUUAUCAAACAAGUUCAUCUGCCCAAAUCUGCAAUGAUGCCGAAGACCUGUCACCCGAUGCACAUUCCAUCCGGCGUACCAAGCUCCGUACUUGGUAAAAUUCCAUCGCAAACCAUGGUCACAAAUGCGAGCCGUUUAAUGCACGGGAAGAAUAUGAUAGAACCGCCGAAAGUAGAUGUUACACUUCCUAACUUGAUCUCCGUUCGAGGGUUGUCCAGUUUAUCUCCACAAGGGCAGCCUAGGCACCAUCCUCAAUCGAGCAUGCCUGUAUCUGGAUACGAGGCUAGUUUGCAUGGAGAACAAGGUCUUUAUAAUAGAAGUCGUAGUCCACCGCCAGCUCAUCAAAACUCUCCUUCACCUCAGGCUGAAACUAUACCACACUUCCCUCCUGGAUCAGUUACUCUUCGUCCGCAUGAUUUACCACCACCACAUUACAUGCACCCAUCUCAUGUUAUGUAUCAACAGUAUCUGAGGCAGUCUUAUCAUUUUCCAAGGUCUUCUGUUGUUUCCGGAGGUAUAGAGAAGUCAAGUGAUGGACAAGAAGGUGAAGAGGCACCUGUUACUUCUCCACCCUUGGAAUUGAGGAUUUCGAACUCUGUAGGUCUGUCACUGUCCAGCAGGGGUGCUGCUGUACCUCAUAGUUUGCACUCGCCUCACGAUAGAGCUACAGACUCCCCACAAAUAGGUCAAGUUUACAACAUGCCAACUGCAAGGAUGCAGCACUAUAAUUUAAAUAGAUACUACGAACCGGCUGCCGAACCACCACCAGCCCAUCGACCUGUUACUAGCCAUAGCUCUCUAGCAGCUCUUGGAAGUGACAGACCCCCAUUAUCACACAUGGCAGCCUUAGGUGCGCCCGAUAGACCUUUGGUGUCCCAUUUGCCACCAGAUAGACCCCUUGGUUCUCAUUUGCCGCCCGAUAGACCUCUGGGUUCUCAUCUACCACCAGACCGUCCACUCAGUGGGCAUUCAGCUCUGACAGGUCACCUUCCUUUGGGUAAUCCUGAAAGACCUUCAUCUAGUCAUUUACCACCAGAUAGACCUAUGUCUAGUCAUUUAACCCCAGAUCGGCUAUCAGGCAUAUCAACCCCUGACCGACCAGUUUCAGCACAUACCAUGACCUUGGGUGCUGGUCUAGGAGCAGCUGGUAACCUUAUGGGAGCCGUUGCAAGACAUAUUGGGGUUGAUGCUCCUACGAGUCAGAGGGGCUUACAGGCUGCUACUCCACCACAUGCUAGCCAAGUACCUCCCCAGGCUGAAAGUCUCAAUAUAUUAUUGAAGCAAUAUCCAAAAAUGUGGCAGGGUCUGUUGGCUUUGAAGAAUGACCAAGCGGCCGUCCAUAUGUACUAUGUAUCUGGAAAUGACUAUGUUGCAAAGUGUAGUUUACCUAAAAACACAGAUGGCUCGACUCCACCUCUAAGAAUAUUUCAACGAAUGAGAUUAGAACCUCCACAAGUAGAAGGCGUUGCCAGAAAGAUGCAGAUGGAAAAAGAACAUUGUAUGCUUUUGGCCUUGCCCUGUGGAAUGGAUCACAUGGAUGUACUUAAACAGUCGAAUAAUUUAACUAAUGGAUUUAUACACUACCUACAACAAAAACAGGCUGCAGGAAUCGUGAAUGUAGCUGCUCCUGGUACUACUCAACCUCCUGCCUAUGUCGUCCAUAUUUUUCCAACUUGCAGUUUUGUCGAAGAGAACCUUAGGAGAAUAGCCCCAAGCCUCCUUGAGUGUGUCUCUGACAUUGCCCACCUGCUGAUCGUAAUCACCACAGUGUGAUAGCAUAUCUCUAACAAGUCCUUGAAAAAAGUAUGUUCUUUUCGUUCACGUAUUUUAUCGAAGCGUUUAACAUUGAAUUCUGCAUGAUUAUGACUUAACUACUAAUUUGUGUCUCUUUGGCCGAAUUUCGAAUUCGGCCUAUCUGAAAUUGUGGAUUAAUCCUAAUAAGAUUACUUAAUAUAUUUAAAGUUUCACUGUGAUUUCUUGAAAUAAAAAAGAAUGUUAUUACUAUUAAUAAAAUGGAUAAAAAUGCUAAAAAAUAAACUUACUACCUAUUAAGAGAUCUCAUAUUGAACUUAGUUAUACAAAUUUUUCUUGUUUAGAAGAUCUUUAUUUUCAUAAACAUCUUGUAAAAUUUUAUUAUUCUUAUGAAGUUGUUGCAAUAUUUGUGAUUAUUUCAUAAGGGUGACUUGACUAUGUUACAUUUCGUUUCUAUUUGCCUUGCGGUUUUGUUGCUUUCUUUAUUUUUUUACAUUUAGAUUGUUGUUUAUUUAUUUAUUACUGGUUUUGACUGAUACGGCGUGUCAUUUUUUGCUGGUGCAUCAACAUGACCCUGUUUCAUUCGAUCAAAGUCAUCCAACAAAAUCACAUUAAAAAUAAAUUCUUCAGAUUUUUCCAAACAAAUCCAUACUUGAUACUGAUCAUGAAUUUUUUGAAAAAAAGUUCAUAGCAAAAUAUAUAUACUUGUUGCGUUCAACAAAUUAGCGUGAUUUUUUUUUUACUUUGAUAGAAUGGAAGUUUUCAUUUUUCUGUAAUUUUCACCAAAAGUUUGAAUAAGUGAGUUGAGUUUUUGUUGAUAUUGUUUUUAGUUUAUUUUGUGAAAAUUACAGGAAUACCAGAACCUGAUAAUACAUGGGAGAAAGUUACCUCUUAGCUUCUAUUGAUUUUAAUGAAUGUUGGGAGAUAACUUUCGAGAUUUUGUACAUUUGCAACCUAACCUCAAGGUGCUUUUCAAAAUUAAAAGUGUAAAUUUAAACGUUACCCGUUUGUAGUUUGAAAAGAAAAAUGGCAAAUAUAAAUGAGCAUAUAGACAUAAUAUAUAAAUAUUGUAGCAUACAUAAAUUAUAUGAAAAUCAAUCAUUUUUUUAAAUUAAAUUGUAAAAUACAUGUGAAUAAAUAGCCCUUAGUUUGUUAUUUUAAGCUUCUUUUCGGUUUUCUUUAAGAUGUACAGUGUACUUUAGCUGUAAGUAUAAUUUAGCCUGCGUUACAAAUGAUUAAUAUAGGGAACAUUGUGAUGUCUAUAUAUUACUGUAUAUUUUGUACAUAUAUGAAAAAUACUGUGUAUUGUGAGUAUACAUUAUUAUAACUAUUAUGACAAA